AUGCCUCGUAUUUUUAAUCAAGCAGCGUGGUACGUAGUUCAGGCCGCGCCAUCUCGCGAUGAGGCGAUUCCAAUUUGUCAAAGGUGUUCCAAGGCAAAUCGCUACUGCGACCGUAGUCCGACUCCCGCACAGUUCCACAACAGGAGCCAGGAAGACGAAGCUGGGACGGGGCGUACGAAAACUGCAAUUCCAGGGCCGUUUCCUUCACCAAAGGACCCUCGCAGUGCUCUGCAAAACCCUUCGGUGGCACGUUACUUCUAUCACUACAUUACCAACCUCGCGCCGUGGUACGACCUCAGCGAUAGCUUACAGCUAUUUGGUACGAACCUUCCUGAAACAGCAUUAGAGAACCCUCUACCUUUCGCUGCCAUUCUGGCCCUUUCUGCGGUACACAUCAGCCAGACAACUGCCCCUUCAGCCAGAGCAGCAGCUGAGUUCUACCACGGUCAUUGCGUACGACUUUUGAUUGAGCUUAAAGACGAUGAGGAUGAUGAAGCAAACACCCAGGGGUUAGCGCUCGCCUCUGUGUGUCUUCUGCGUUCUUAUGAGAUUCUCAGCGAAGAGGUCGAUCCUAAUAGACAUCUUCAAGGUGCCUAUUCAUUAGCAGCCUACCGGAGCCCCCUCGUAGACUACCUAGGAUCUGGAAUGAGAACCGCGGGAUUCUGGAAUUAUCUUCGCGAAGACAUUACUUUCAGCCUAUUCCAGCGAUGUCCUCUUAAAAUAGACUUGGAUCAAAUGCCCCUGCCGAAUCAUCAUCACAACGACCACAGUUAUUUGAAUACAGUGUCGCUUAUUCUCGGCCGUAUCAUCAACUCAUGCUUUGCAAGCACCAUCACCGAACAGAACUGGGCUCUCCUCUUCGACAUGCUUCGCACCUGGUCCUUGAGCCUGCCAAGUCGGUUCAGACCUUUUUCAAGAGAAGAACGUGGACUAGGCCUUACCCUGCCUUCUAUAUGGAUGCUCAAAGGCUGUCAUGCAGCGGCAUUACACUACCAACUCGUUUGCGUAACCAUAAUCUGCACCCAGGCAACACCAGAGAAACUUUUAGACUUGAAGGCUUUGUUGGGAGACUCGCAUGGGACAGGCAACACGAGGGAAGAUAUCCUGGAAAGCGUUGCCCACGAUGUCUGCGGCAUAGCAUUUACCGCCAACACGCCUUCGGUUCUCGUCAAUUCUUUUGGCCCGAUCGCAUUUUGCGCAAAAUUCAUCCGUGGGGAAGCCUCCCAGCGAGAGCUAAUACGCCGUCUCAUGGGGUCUAAGCGGUCGAUCGGGUGGCCAGUCCAGCGACUCAUUUCAGACUUACAAGUUGAAUGGAGUGGAUCAAUCCCUGCAACAUCCUAA